UCGUAUCGUCUGGCUUCUGCCAGCGUGCUUGUCUGUCCCAUUAUCGCGUUCACUGCGAAAAUGGCGAACCUGUGUGUGCGAGCAGCGAGACAGAGCUACCUCUAUCUGGCUUCACCUUCAUUAUCAAGGUCGUCCCCUCGGUGGUUAUGUACGGCCGCCCAGCGCCAGAACGGCCAGGGACCGGAGCACGAGGCCGAGAAGCAGGAGCAGAGUGCCGCGGAGAAGGCCUCGGCCGAGGAGAAGAGCCAGCUUGAAGGGCAGCUCAAGGAAGUCACAGAAAAGUACAAGCGAGCACUCGCAGACACAGAGAACCUGCGGGUCAGGAGUCAGAAGAUGGUGGAGGAUGCAAAACUAUACGGCGUCCAAGGCUUAUGCAAGGACCUGCUGGAGGUGGCGGACAUCUUGGAGAAGGCCACGGAGAGUGUGCCCAAGGAGGAGGUGACGGCGAGGAACCCUCACCUGAAGAGCCUGUACGACGGGCUGGUGAUGACGGAGGCUCAGGUCCAGAAGGUGUUCACCAAGCACGGCCUGGUCAAGAUCAACCCCGACGGGCAGAAGUUUGACCCCUACGAGCACGAGGCGCUCUUCCACGCGCCCAUUGACGGCAAGGUCCCCGGCACUGUCGCCGUGGUGACCAAGGUGGGCUACAAGCUCCACGGGCGCACCCUGCGGCCGGCGCUGGUGGGCGUGGCCAAAGCCUCCUAAAAGGAAGGGUUUACCUCAACGCAAAGAGAAAUGAUCCAGGUACAGAGGACUGAUGGAGCUCCACUCUCCCUCUGUCUCGUGAUACCUGGGAAAGACUGGGAAUCGACUCGGAAUCGACUCGGACUGAAGCCUGUCUGGGAAUGCUACACAUCCAAUCCAGUUGUUUGUUUAUUUUAACACUUUUCAGGAUCUGACCUGUACAGCCUUAGUAUUUCUUGUCAGAUUUCAGUUUAAAGUCGUGUAUAAUUCAUUUGACUUGAGAGUUUGGGUGACCUCUAACAUCUAUGGAUGGCGUACACAUUGUACAUACAUCAUUGCAGGAAACGAAUCCAUAAAAUAAAAAUAAAAAUUCCGCACCUGAAUGAGACUUCAUGCUUUUUGGAGAUUUCAGAAAUCUUCACUGAAACGUUUGCUUGAACUAUUUAUAGAACCAAGAUGUUUUGGUGAGAUUUCCUACAAUGUUUUACGUUGUAUUGGGCUGCUACACGUGAAACCAGAAGUACACCUGUCAGAAUGCUAUUAGAUAUCCAGCAUUUUGGGUUCAUUCCAGAGAUUUUAGUCUACUUUAUAUAAACAAAUUUAAUGUAUGUUUAAUAAUAAACUUUGUUUUGUCAUUUA